AUGGGUUUUGUGUUAAAGCUCGUAGAUGCGAUCUUGUUCCUAUUCUUCGUGUUGAUAGCAAUCGUUGCACCAUUAUUAGAUGCACAAACAUGUCUUCCUCUCUCUUACUUCCCUGAUUUUCUUGUCGAUGUUAAAGCAUGGUACGCUAAUGAAUUUGGUGAUUAUCUUGUUGCUGAACAACCACAUUUCUUCGUUGGUCUUGUUUGGCUUGAGCUUCUCUUUCAAUGGCCCCUUUCUAUCAUCAAUAUCUUUGCUAUGUUGUAUUCCAAGCCUUGGUUUAAUACCACUUGCUUGAUCUAUGGUGUUUCUCUCUCCACUUCCAUGGUUGCUGUACUAUCAGAAAUGAUGGGAUCGAAGAAAGCAUCUGAAAAACUAUUGACAAUGUAUUUCCCUUUCAUGUGUUUGGGUAUUUUAGCUACUCUAAGAGGCUUGCUGACAAGUUCCUCCAAAUCGUCAUCUGCUUUUGGUAAGAGACCUGCAACGGCGAGGAAUAAACGCGCUUGA